AUGCUUGCCAGAUGGUACCCUUCUUCUACUGAUCGUGUUCAUUAUCCCGCCAUAUUAGGACAGGGCACUCUGUCGGAAUUGCGGUACUUGAAUAUCAACAGCAACAGCUACAAACAUAGCGACAUUACUGAAAAACCAGCAGUACCGCGACCAUACUUCAUCUUGGAGUCAUUCGAACCUUCCCUUGAAACACUUUUCAAGUCAAAUCGCAUGAAAUCGCUCUCCGUGAAUGUUUCAGUGUUCGUCACCAUUGGAUGCAUAAAGGCUCUGAGAUUGCUACACAUGAAAGGAUUCGCUCAUCGGAAUGUCCAGCCUGCAUAUUUUUCAAUCCGUCUUCCAUGUGGUGGUCUUCUCAAUAGGAAAGAAAGCGAAUUGUGCGAUCUUGUGGCCAUUACGGAGCUCUGGUGCUGCAGAAAGUACCGCGCGAACAUACCGCGUACACGUACUAGUCUCUCCUACCUAGGAAACUGGAAAUAUGGAAGCACAGAGACUCUCAGUGGGAAGGAGCCAACCGCUGUCGACGAUGUGAUUUCAUGUAUCUAUAUAAUGACAGAGUUUGUCUUAGGCCAGAUACCAUGGGCGAAGGAGAAUGGGAAAGAGGCAAUAGUUAAAAACAAAAAAACAGUGGAACGUAUGACUUGCGUUGAGGACGAGAAGGGAACUACCCUUCUAAACAAUUACUCCAAAAUAUUUGAAUGGCUCAAGCAGCAGCCUCAUAUGCAAACCCUUAACUACGAAUCACUCUAUGAAGAAAUUUUAAAAAUGAUCCCAGAAACAGCAGGUCAAGCUGGAGAGCAGUCCCUGUUUGGAUUUUCUAACCCGCUUCUUGAUGCUUAUGAUCACGGAUUUGUUGAGAAGAAGUCUAAGGACAAAAAAAAUAAAGGGAAGGAAGGAGAAUCAUCACCAAAGAGACACUCGGCGGGCAGUUCAUCAUCGAAGCAGGCAAAUCCAGAAAGGAAACAUAGGAGGUCUUCUCAAGAAAGAAGCCCUGGAAGUAAGCAUCAAUCCUGA